UCAGUCCCCGGUGUGGCCGGGUCCCCCCGCGCCGUCCCGUGUGAGCGGGCGGUGCUCUACGGCCACCGUGUCCCCCUCUGCAGCCUGUUGUGCCCGGCUCUGUAUCCCAGAGCCUACUGCCGGCCUCUGCCCCGGCUGGCACAGGCCGUGGUGCCCACCCAGGCACUCCCUCACACCCCGCUGGGGGCCCUGAGGCGCUGGGACGGGCUGGGCUGGGGUGGGGUCGCUAUGGCGGGUGAAAUGGAGCAAUGACUUUGUGUCCCUAUGGUCACAAAAGGGUCCCAGGGGUUGGGGCAGCCCUCCGAGCUCCCCGCAGAUUCCUAGUGUGCGACGCUACAGGGUUUUGGGGCACUCCACUGCCACCAGCGCGGCUUUUGGGGCGGGAGCCGGACCCCCGGAGCGGGUUGGCCCGUUCCCGGGGAGGGGAUGCCCAGAAUAGCUCCGCUAUCUGAUUCCGAGGGGCCGCGGCCGUCUGCACCGCCGGCUCCCGGGGGCUGACAUUUGAGCCCCGCCGCGGGACGGGACGGGGCGGGCGCCGGGACUGCCCGGGAUCUCCUGCCGGGACAGGAGCGUGAUGGCGGGCGGGAGGCGCCGUGGGGGCCACGGGCGGCGCGGGGGACCCCGGCAGCACCCCGGGACCCCCGGAGCGGCCUCCUCGCCUGCACCUCUCUCUCCUGCAGCCACCCCGGCCCAGCCAAACGCAGGCGCUGCCCCCAAAACCGGCCGCUCCAAGAAGGCCGCGGAGGAGCCAGCGGCGAGGGCUCCAGACGUGGACUCGCUGGGCUUCCAGGCCAUGGACCGCAACGUGCCGGGGCUGUCCCACGUCAUCCUGCAGAAGCUGAACAUGAAGAGCUAUGAGGACUACAAGUCUGCCAUGGAUGGGAGGAAGAGCGGCAGCGAUUUUGGCAUCCGGACAUAUUUUGACAUGUUCCAGAAGAUGGAAGACACCUUCAAGUUUUGUGUUGAGUGCAAGAAGCUCCCUGAUGCCCUCCCAGACCCCAAAAGCCUCCGGCGUUGCAAGAGGUGCCAAAAUGUGUACUAUUGUGGCGUGGCGUGCCAGCGCGCCAACUGGCCGCUGCACAAGAAGUUCUGCAAGAAGCUGAAGCUGGUGGCACUGGACCGGCUGGUGGAGUGGCUCAUCUUCACAGCACAGGUGGAACAGGCAGCCUGGGCUGUGGCACCACCGCUGUACCCUCCUGACCCCCCAGGAGACAUCCCAUUUCCCACGGACACCUGGACAAAACCCGCCUGGGACGUGAAGGGCUGGGAGGACUGGUUCUCCAUGCAGGAACAGCUGGAGGAGAAGCUGGGCGCCAUCGUGGCCGGGCGCUACAUGACCCUGCUGUGGGCCAACGCCGGGAAGCCGCGGCCGGAGGACGCGGAGCUGCGGGAAUCCAUCCGGCGCCUGGUCACCGACUUCCACUCGCGGCCGCUCACCAUCGGCCUGGGACUGCGGCUCUUCGGCAUCGACCCCCUCACCAGGCCCCUCACCGUGCACGUGGUGGGGGCUUCCCACGUGGAGACCCUCAACACGCGGCUGACGGACUACGACGAGCUGACGCGGAUGUUCCCGGGGCACCAGGGCGUGGAGAUGGUCAUGGUGGGGGUGGAUGUGGUGGAUGGACCCAUCAUGAGGCCACCCCUGACCACGCUGGCACCCCGGGGAAAAGUCUAUCUCAGCAGCUACAAGGGGCUCUACCACGACUUCUGGGAAAGCCACGUGGAGACCAAGCUGGCCGCCCCUCCUGACCUUGUGGUGGGCUUUCACCCAGGUUUCCAUGCCUGCCCAGACCUGCUGGCGGGCUGGCUGCCCACCCUGCUGCUGCUGCGGGACUAUCGCCUGCCCGUGCUCUUCACCGUGUACAGUGAGCAGGAGCUGAAGGCCUCCCUGCAGAUCCUUGUGGAGCUGGAGAUGCACGUUGUGGGUUAUGCCAGCAACCCCUUUGCCUCCCUGCGGCCCGAGCAGGUCUACUCGAGCCCCAACAAACCCCCCGUCUACUGCAGCUCCCACUACAUCGCCCUGCUGGGAGCAGAGGCUGUGCCAGGGGCUGAGGAGCUGGAGGAUGAUGAUGGCUGGCAGGGAGGAGAGCCCAGUGCUGCUGCUGUGGCUGGGGGCAUUGCCCCAGGGCUGGGCUGAUUCCUGCCUGCCCUGACCACCUGACCCCCAGAGCCGUGCUGCCCAUCCAGGACCCUCCACAUCCUGGGAUCCACCAUCCAGAAAUCCCUCACUGCACAUGUAGAGGCCUGGGGGAUGCAGCACCCCAGCACAGGCAUGGCACCCUUCCCCAGCACCAAAUAAAUCACUAUCAGCAACCAGCUGCCGUGUCUCGAGCUUUAUUUCCAAAAAGGCCUUUGUUUCCCUAAAGAAAACGAGGGGCUGAGCCCA